AUGUCGCCCAGCGGCGAACGCCUCAAAGAUGAGGGCUCCCGCCUGCAGGUUGUAACGGCCGGCGCCACGGCCGGUCUGUUUGCUCGCUUUGUAAUCGCUCCCCUCGAUGUCGUCAAGAUCCGCCUCCAGCUGCAGUCACACUCGCUCUCCGACCCUCUGUCGAUCCAGACCGCCAGGGGCGGGCCCGUGUACAAGGGCACUCUGAACACUAUGAAGCUGAUCAUCGCGAAUGAGGGAGUCACAGGCCUGUGGAAGGGCAACGUACCAGCAGAACUGAUGUACGUCUGCUACUCGGCAGUCCAGUUUACGACCUACCGCACGACGGCCCAAUUGCUUCAGAGUAUCUCCGAUAACCGACUCCCCAACGCCGCCCAGUCCUUCAUCGCCGGAGCUACCGCCGGAGCUGCCGCUACGACGGCCACAUAUCCGCUCGACCUACUGCGGACUCGCUUUGCCGCGCAGGGGAACGAACGGGUGUAUACUGGCCUUCGACACGCCGUCACCGACAUCUACCGAGACGAAGGACCCCGCGGCUUCUUCCGAGGGCUCGGGCCCGGUGUGGCGCAGAUCGUACCGUACAUGGGCAUAUUCUUUGCAUUGUAUGAAGGUCUGCGCUUGCCGCUAGGUGACUUGCAUCUACCAUGGGGCGGUGGCGACGCCACGGCUGGUGUUAUGGCCAGCGUCAUGUCCAAGACAGCCGUUUUCCCCCUUGAUCUGGUGCGGAAACGUAUCCAGGUGCAAGGCCCCACGCGAUCGCGAUACGUGCACAAGAACAUUCCCGAGUAUCCCGGGGCGGUGCGUGCCAUGCGAAUGAUCUUUGCAAGUGAAGGCAUACGGGGACUGUACCGCGGUUUGACGGUCAGUCUUAUCAAGGCCGCUCCAGGAAGCGCGGUUACGGUGUGGACUUAUGAGAGGGUCCUGAGAGUGUUGAUGAGAUUAGAGAAUUCUGAUGAGAAGCGAUUUUGA